AAAGUAAAGGUCACUGCAGCUCCAGCGUGGGGGCACAGGAGCAGCCCCCUGACAAAGGUUUUACCUUCCUUGAGCUUUGUGCCCAGCACCGCUGCGUGAAAGAACUGACACAGCAGAGGGUGAGGGAAGAUGAGAUGAUGGCUCACUUCCAACUAGGAAGAUUGACUUCAUUUUGUAGCAUUCCUGAUUGCGGUCUCCUGUGUGGGUUUGGCAGUUCCUGAGCCCUCUGUGUGUUGUAGGUGCUUCAAGUUCAGUGUGCAAGCGUUCUGCUGUGUUACAGAAAGAAGCGUGAAGAUGCCAAAGCAUUUGACACUGUGUACCAAAGAAAUGGUGAUGGAGAAGCCAAGUCCCCUGCUCGUAGGGCGGGAGUUCGUGAGACAGUACUACACUCUUCUAAAUAAAGCUCCUGACUUCUUGCACAGGUUUUAUGGCAGGAACUCUUCUUAUGUCCAUGGAGGACUGGAUGCCAGUGGGAAACCACAAGAAGCAGUGUACGGUCAAGCUGAGAUACACAAGAAAGUGAUGUCACUACAGUUCAGUGAGUGCCACACCAAGAUCCGUCAUGUGGAUGCUCACGCUACUCUGAGCGAUGGGGUGGUUGUGCAAGUUAUGGGGGAGCUGUCAAACAACGGGCAGCCGAUGAGGAAGUUCAUGCAGACUUUUGUACUUGCUCCAGAAGGGUCUGUUCCAAACAAGUUCUAUGUACAUAACGAUAUCUUCAGGUACGAAGAUGAAGUAUUUGGAGAUUCAGAAGGAGAACUUGAUGAAGAGUCUGAAGAAGAGGUGGAGGAGGAACAGGAGGAAAGACAACCAUCUCCUGAACCGGUGCAAGAAAAUGCAAGCAGCACUUACUAUGAAAACCACCCUGUAACCAAUGGGAUAGAGGAGGCACUGGAAGAAUCGUCUCAUGAACCUGAGCCAGAAUUGGAAUCUGAAACAAAACCUGAGGAGCUGAAAGCUGAAGCAGAAGAAAAGACCCUCGAGGAGUUAGAAGAGAAGUCUCCUUCUCCACCUCCUGUAGAACCUGUUUCACUACCACAAGAACCACCAAAGGCUUUCUCUUGGGCUUCAGUGACCAGUAAAAACCUGCCUCCUAGUGGUACUGUUUCUUCCUCUGGAAUUCCACCCCAUGUUAAAGCACCAGUCUCACAGCCAAGAGUUGAAACUAAACCUGAAGCUCAGUCUCAGCCUCCUCGUGUACGUGAACAGCGCCCAAGGGAAAGACCAGGUUUUCCGCCCCGAGGACCUCGACCAGGGAGAGGGGACAUGGAGCAGAACGAGUCGGAUAAUCGUCGAAUAAUUCGCUAUCCAGACAGUCACCAGCUCUUUGUUGGGAACUUGCCGCAUGAUAUAGAUGAGAGUGAACUGAAAGAGUUCUUCAUGAGCUUUGGAAAUGUGGUAGAACUUCGCAUAAAUACUAAAGGAGUGGGAGGAAAACUGCCUAAUUUUGGUUUUGUGGUAUUUGAUGACUCUGAGCCGGUCCAGAGAAUUUUGGUUGCAAAACCUAUUAUGUUCCGGGGUGAGGUGCGCUUGAACGUAGAAGAGAAAAAAACAAGAGCUGCUCGUGAAAGAGAGACCAGAGGCGGAGGCGAUGAUCGUAGGGAUAUUCGGCGCAAUGAUAGAGGCCCUGGGGGUCCCCGUGGAAUAGUGGGUGGUGGCAUGAUGCGAGACCGGGACGGAAGAGGACCCCCGCCGAGAGGUGGCAUGGCACAGAAACUCGGCUCUGGACGAGGAACCGGGCAAAUGGAAGGCCGCUUCACUGGACAGCGUCGCUGAAAUCUCCACUGUGGGCAGACAGUCUUGGCAGUGGUACAUUAUCCAUCGUGUUUGCAUUCUUGUUAAUUUUUUUUGGCUUUGGAAUGUGACACAGCCCUUCUGAUCGUUUCUUUGAUGUGAAAGCAUCCUUUGGUUUCCGGUUUAAAUUAAGGUGGACGUUCUUUCCCCAGUUUCACAACAGAAGUCACACUGUUAAUUUAUAAAUGUAGACUUGGAGAAUUGAGGACUGGAAAAUUAAAAAAAAAAAAAAAAGACCAGUAAACUAUCUGCAACAAAAGUGAAACAAAAGUGAACUAAAGGACAUGCCCAAUAGAAUUCAGGUCCUUGCAGUCAAAAACCCUCUGCUGCACAUUUUGUGUAAGUGUUACUGUUUCUGCCUGUUACUGUUGGAAACACAAAUAGUGCAAUUUGUGCAAUUGGAGAAGCUUGCCUUUUUUUUUUCUUUUUUUAGAACACUUGGCUCCAAACAAACUCGUGUUUACGCACUCAUCAAAAUGCACUAAUGGGUACUCUGAACUCAUUUAUAUUGACAUCUGCAGGAGGCAUCGGAGGAAAAAAAAAAAAAAAAACAAACCUUCAUCCUCUUAUUCAGACAGAAUAGCUUGUGAAACGAUGCGGGCAUCUGAUCUGCUUGCUGUGACCAACACACACAAACCUUAACAAGACUACAAGUUUAUUCCAGAAGGAAUCCAUUUAGCUGUAAACUAAACAGAACCCAGAGUUUCCAAGUCGUAGUCCUGAGUACUAAGCAAGUUUGAUAGCUCACGUCAGAUUUUUCUAUCUGCCCCUCUUCAGUACAGGGAUGGCUGCUCAACACACUCCUCCUUCCCCUUUCCCCUUCGAUAAGCAUUGUACAGUGAAAACUGUCUUGACUGUAUUUGAGUUCUCUGGUAAUGUAAUAAGCAUGAUGGUGCCUUCUAUGAAUACAUCAUUCCAGUCUUGCUGGUGAUUUUGUACAGUAUAGUGUAUGAAUUACUGUGCUGCAAAGCCAAUCGGCUGCAAAGCAUUUAAAAGAAAUCAUUGAAAAAAUGUAUUAAAAAUUGCAGUAUCUUUCAAUCAGUAAACGUUGCUAAAAUUAUCAUCCACCUUGCUCUUCAAUUAACAAGUUCGUCUGUUCUUUUGCAGAGGGGGGGAAGGGAGGAAGAAGGCAUCCAAGUAGUCUCCAGGUUGUCUCUUCUCUUUAAUCAAUGUCAAAGUUACAGAAAUCGGAAAUGAAAUCUCUCUUGGACAUUUCAGAAGCCAGUCGAGAAUGGUGAACAUUUUGGGCCAGCUCGUAAUCAGUAGAACUGAGCAUCCUUUGUGAGGGUGAGCAUAUCAAAUGAGGAUACUGCAAUUUUCAGAGAACAAAAUAGCAGCUCUUAAGUAUUUGCAUUUUCCAGUUGUGCUUUUUUUAUUUUGUUUUUAAACUCUUACUCAUUUUGCACAUUACUCUCAGCUGAAGUUGACAUUGAGUGGCUCCGGACUUAAGGGUAGAAAGGAGACGUCCUCUUCUUCAGUAUUACUUGUGGGUUUGUCCAGUUGAGAGGUCUGUUCCGGGAUGACGUUCUGGAGCACAUUCCCAUGAACUGCAGCUGCAGCAGACAGUACAGUGUGGCUUGGUGCUGGGGCGUGCAGCGAGCACCCGGCUCCAAGGCGUCAGGAGUAAAAGAGGGGUGUGUGUUGGCGUGUGAGUCUGUGUGAGAGUGUGACCACUAAAAGCUGCUUCUAAGCAUGGAAGACCUCAAAAAAACAGCAAUUUCAAGCAAAAGCAGAUAGGGAAAAUAUCAAUCUGUCUCUGGAUUAUGCAAUCAUUUGCUGUUUUCAAGUAAGCUGGAAGAUUUUGCACAUACUUUACUGAUACGUUAGGCAAAGUGAAAUGGCAUCUGUCUGUUUUCUCCCAGACUCGAGGUCUUCUGUGUUUCAUGGUAAGUCUUGCACUAUUUUCAUACGCUUUUUUUCUGGGGCACAUUUCUUCUAGUCUCCAUUUUUUGUUUCAGUUUUUGGUUGAAAGUCUUGCAUUUUCAGCUGUUACCUGGAAAUCUAUAGUACUUGAACCGCUCGGCACACAACGCAACUUAAGUUUGAAGCCUUCAGACAAAUUGCUGUCUUGAGUUAGCAGUUUGCCAAUGGUAUGUUUUCUGUAGGUGUUUUUGUUUCCUUUUUUUUCCCCUUUUGUAGCGUGAUGGUGUUUUGCUGCCACCUAUUUCAUUUGUAUGGCAAAUGGCACUGGGAAUAAUCUCAACAACAAAAAAUGGAGUAUUAAAAGAGCUACUGAGCCAUUCAGCUUUCUGGCUUGCUUCUUGUUUAAGUGACAUGAACAACCAUUGGAACGUCAUCCAGAGAAGUUUACAUGGUGAUAGUUCACCUGCUGUACUGUGGACUUUUACAUGUUCUCGACCCUCUUUAUAGUAAAUGUACCUCUUAGAGCAAAGGAAGGGAUUCGCUGACCAUUACUGUUAGUUGCUGAUUUGUGGAUGGUGGGAGUAUUUUGUCAUUACGGUUCUAUUUCAACAAACUUGGCUGACCAUCUUGGCUUUAGUAGUUAUACAAGACAGUGGAUUACCAUCUUUAUUGCUGUAACGUGUCAAGCAUUAUAUGCUAGUAGAUUCUAGUUUAAUUGUUGCAGGUGGGAAGUAUUUUUACCUUUAAGUUUCCAUUCUGAAUGUGUUUUGACUAAACAUACCAAUAAACUACUGAUGUCUGCAGCA